AUGUCUGCGCCAGAUGCGGAGAACCGAUGGGCCGCCGACGCCAACACGGCCGACGGCGUCGUGGAGAGAGAUGAACCCGCCGCCGACGAGCCUUUGGAGCGGGUGGGAAGUGAAAAGGACGCGGAAGAGGGCAAGAUUGUAGACCGGGAGGCGGUGGAUGAUACAGACUCGAAUGAAGAUCUGGACAAAGAGAAACACAACCGGCUGCAGAUGCGAAGAACAGAGAGCAACUGGACACAGGCGACAGGCACGAGCUACGCGUCUACCGAAGUUGCGGAAGCACAAGAAACGCCACCGCGAAAACGAACAUGGGGCGAGAAGUUGAAUCCGUUCAAGCAUAAGAAUGUCCCUCCUCCGGCCGACGAGCGGAUACCGUCGAAAGAGCACUCGGCCAAUUUCUUCAGCAAACUCACCUUCCAAUGGAUCACGCCGAUCAUGGACGUGGGCUACCAGCGGCCUCUAGACAUCAACGACGUCUGGGCUGUCAACCCGGAUCGAGAGGUAGAAAAGCUGAUGGACAAGCUGAACUCGUCGCUGAAGAAGCGCAAUGAGGCGGGGAGCAAGCGUCCGUUGACCAUGGCGCUAUACGACACUUUCAAGAAGGAGUUCAUCAUCGGCGGUGCUUGUCAGCUUACCGCGGCACUGGUUCAGGUGCUCUCGCCGUUCACGAUGAAGUAUCUUAUCCGAUUCGCUGCGCAGGCCUACGAAGCUCAACGAUCAAAUCUGAUCCCGGCGCCCGACAUUGGUCAUGGCAUUGGUCUCGUCAUUGGCAUUACGUGCAUGCAAGUGGUCCAGUCGCUAUGUACAAAUCACUUCAUCUACCGGGGUAUGAUGGUCGGUGGACAGGCACGAUCGACUUUGAUUGCUGUCAUCUUCGAGAAGGCGAUGAAGAUAUCAGGUCGUGCUCGCGCUGGUGGCAAGGCCAAAGAUGCGGAUCAGGAACAGCACACACCCGAAGGGAUCCAGCCAGGCAGUAAAGAAGAGAAGAAGUUCUUCAAGAAGCGACUCGGCAAAGAUCAGUCGAAGGGCAAGAAAGGUGUCUCUGGUGAUGGCCAAGGAUGGAGCAAUGGCCGCAUCGUCAAUCUCAUGUCCACCGACACCUACCGUAUCGAUCAGGCGUCUGGCAUGUUCCAUAUUUGCUGGACGUCGCCGAUUCAGGUCUUCCUUGCGCUGGCCCUGCUCAUCGUCAAUUUGACGUACAGCGCUCUGGCUGGUUUCGCUUUCAUCUGCAUCAUGAUGCCUCUACUCGGACGUGCCAUUCGAAGUCUGAUGAGCCGACGCAAGGUCAUCAACAAGAUCACCGACCAACGUGUCAGCUUGACGCAGGAAAUUCUGUCUUCAGUGCGCUUCGUCAAGUACUUUGGCUGGGAGACCAGCUUUCUGGACCGGCUUGGGCAGUUGCGAGACAGCGAGAUUGGUAAGAUCUCGUUCUUGCUGUCCAUUAGGAACGGUAUCAUGGCCGUUUCGAUGACCAUGCCCAUCUUCGCUUCUAUGCUGGCUUUUAUCACUUACAGCCAGACGCAUGCGGACUUCAGCCCUGCUCCGGUAUUCUCUUCGCUGGCCUUGUUCAACUCGCUGCGUAUACCUCUCAACCUAAUGCCUAUGGUCAUCGGUCAGGUGGUCGACGGUCUUGCUUCGAUCGCUCGUAUCCAGGAGUUCUUGGCGGCAGAAGAGGCUCAAGAUGAGGCUGUGUGGGACUACUCUGCGAAUGACGCCAUUGUAAUGAAGGAUGCCGACUUUACAUGGGAGCGAACGCGCAAUCAGAACGACGAGAACGCCAAUCAAGCACUGAAGAGCACUGGCGAGAUCCGCAAAGAAGAGAAGGCCGCCAAGGCGAAGCAGAAGGACGAGAAGAAACAGCAGUCGAAGCAGCUUUCCAAUGAGAAGCUGGAGGUGCCUAGUAGCCCUACGACCUCAGACAGCUCAAGCGACAGUGACGAGGAAACGCCUUUUGCCAUCAACAACAUCGAUCUCACCAUCGGGCGUAACGAGCUUGUCGCUGUCAUUGGCGCUGUCGGUUCAGGCAAGAGUUCUCUACUUGGUGCGAUGGCUGGUGAUAUGCGACGCACUGGCGGCCAUGUCACGUUUGGCUCUACUCGUGCUUUCUGCCCGCAGUACGCUUGGAUCCAGAACGCGACGGUCAAGCAAAACAUCGUCUUCGGGCGGGAUUACGACCGCAAAUGGUACAACGAAGUCAUCGACGCCUGCGCACUGAGACCGGAUCUCGAGAUGCUGCCGAGUGGUGACAUGACGGAGAUUGGUGAGCGCGGUAUCACGGUGUCUGGUGGACAGAAGCAGCGAUUGAACAUUGCUCGCGCCAUCUACUUCGAUGCGGAUAUCGUGCUCAUGGACGACCCGCUGUCGGCUGUUGAUGCCCACGUUGGAAGGCACAUCAUGGACAACGCUAUUUGUGGGUUGUUGCGGGACAAGGCCCGCGUUCUCGCAACGCAUCAGCUUCACGUGCUUCACCGUGUGGACCGUAUCAUCUGGAUGAAGGACGGUGCUAUUCACAAGGUUGCCACUUUCCCUGAGCUCAUGGGCCAUGAUCCUGAGUUCCAGCAGCUCAUGGCGACGACCGCUGUCGAAGAGAAGAAAGAGGAGCAAGAAGACGAGCAGGAGGACGAGCGAGAGGACGAAAAGAAGAAGUCGCUGAAGAAGAAAGGCCGCAAGCCUGCUGGCGCACUCAUGCAGCAGGAAGAGAAGGCGGUCGCGAGCGUUGGCUGGGACGUCUACGCCGCCUACGUCCGCGCCGCUGGCUCGAUUAUGGUCGCUCCUCUGAUCCUCUUCAUCCUUAUCAUCUCGCAAGGCGCCAAUAUCGUCACGAGCUUGUGGCUGAGUUGGUGGACUGCAGGCAAAUUCGGCUACAGCGACGGUGUGUACAUUGGUGGCUACGCUGCGCUCGGUGUGGUGCAGGCGGCGCUGCUAUUCACCUUCUCGGUUGCGAUCACGGUGCUCGGCACGAAGUCGAGUAAGGUCAUGUUGCACCGUGCGAUUGUGCGGGUGCUGCGGAGUCCGAUGAGCUUCUUUGAUACCACGCCGCUGGGUCGGAUCACGAAUCGUUUUGCCAAGGACGUGGAUGUUAUGGAUAAUAUGCUCACCGACUCGAUGCGCAUGUUCUUCAUGACCAUGGCGAUGAUUAUCUCCGUCUUCUGCCUCAUCAUCGCCUACUACUACUACUUCGCCAUCGCGUUGGUACCGCUCACGAUCAUGUUCUUGUUCGCGGCCAGCUAUUACCGAGCCUCUGCCCGCGAGAUGAAGCGACAUGAGUCUGUGCUGCGCAGUGUGGUCUUCUCCCGCUUCGGAGAGGCUGUCACUGGUAUCUCGACUAUCCGCGCAUACGGCUUGGAAAAAGAGUUCCGAAAGUCGGUGAAUGAUUCGAUCGACUCCAUGGACGGUGCAUACUUCUUGACGUACGCCAACCAGCGGUGGCUGUCUGUUCGUCUGGAUGCUGUGGGCACGCUGCUGGUCUUCACCGUCGGCAUCCUGGUCGUCACUUCGCGCUUCUCCAUCAGUCCCAGUACUGGCGGGCUCGUGCUUUCGUACAUCCUCACGAUCGUGCAGAUGAUUCAAUUCACAGUGCGACAGCUGGCUGAAGUGGAGAACAACAUGAACUCGACCGAGCGCAUACACUACUACGGCACUCAGCUCGAAGAAGAGGCACCCCUCCACUUAGGCGACGUACCAGCCGACUGGCCACAGAAGGGCGAGAUUGUCUUCGACGACGUGCAGAUGCGAUACCGCGAAGGCCUUCCCCUCGUCCUCCACGGCCUCAGCAUGCACGUCAAAGCCGGCGAGCGCAUCGGUGUCGUCGGUCGAACAGGCGCCGGCAAAUCUUCCAUCAUGUCCACCCUCUUCCGCCUGAUCGAGCUUUCCGGCGGUUCUAUCACGAUCGACGGCAUCGACAUUGCGAAGAUCGGCCUCUACGACCUCCGCUCUCGGCUUGCCAUCAUCCCGCAGGACCCUACGCUCUUCCGCGGCACCAUUCGAAGCAAUCUCGACCCGUUCAACGAACACACCGACCUCGAGCUCUGGAACGCCCUCCGUCAGGCCGAUUUGGUCGGUAGCGAACAGGCUUUGGAAGACGAGAGUGGGCGCAUCCACCUCGAUACCGCUGUGGAAGACGAAGGUCUCAACUUCUCGCUUGGACAGCGGCAACUUCUUGCUCUUGCUCGUGCGCUUGUGAGGGGGUCGCAGAUUAUCGUGUGUGAUGAGGCGACGUCUUCGGUGGACUUUGAGACGGAUCAGAAGAUUCAGCGGACGAUUGUGAGGGGGUUCAAGGGGAAGACGCUGUUGUGUAUUGGCUACGACAGGAUCUUGGUCAUGGACCAGGGCAACGUUGCCGAGUUGGACUCGCCGAUCAGUCUCUACGACCAAGGCGGUAUCUUCAGGGGUAUGUGUGACCGCAGUGGUAUUAGAAGGGAGGACUUCUUCAACAGCGCGGAGGCGAGGUUUGAUGCGGAGAGUCCGGCGUUAGAGAGGAGCAGGAGUGCUGCGCAGAUGCAGUAA